CCCCGCCGCGCGCCCCGGCCGUCGGGCGCACCGCCAGGGCCGGGGAGGGGCCGCGAGAGGGCGGGGGCCGGGCCGGGCUGCGCCUCGCCGGCCGCUCGGGCAGCUCCGGGGGCCGCGGAUCUCCGAGAAGAACACUUGCCCCGGGGAUCUGUCGCUUCGCGAGCGCCAUCGGAGCGCUGGCCAUGAGAGCUCUAUGGAUGGCGCUGUGUGCCCUGGCGCGCCUGUGGCCCGGGGCCCUGGCCGGCUGCUCCGAGGCCGGGCGCUGCUGUCCGGGCCGGGACCCUUCCUGCUUUGCCCGCGGCUGGAGGCUGGACAGGGUCUACGGCACGUGCUUCUGUGACCAAGCCUGUCGCCUCACCGGGGACUGCUGCUUCGACUACGACAGGGCGUGCCCAGCUCGCCCGUGCUUCGUGGGGGAGUGGAGCCCCUGGAGCGGUUGUGCGGACGAGUGCAAGCCCACAAGCCGCGUGCGGAGGCGCUCGGUGCGGCAGGAGCCUCAGAACGGCGGCGCGCCCUGCCCGCCCCUGGAAGAGCGAGCCGGCUGCCUGGAGUACUCCACGCCGCAGGGCCGGGACUGCGCGCACGCCUUCGUCCCUGCCUUUAUAACUACCUCUGCAUUCAACAAGGAGAGGACGAGGCGAGCUGCAUCUCCACAGUGGUCCACUCACACAGAGGAUGCCGGGUACUGUAUGGAGUUCAAGACAGAGUCCUUGACUCCUCACUGUGCUCUGGAAAACCGGCCACUGACCCGAUGGAUGCAGUAUCUCCGAGAGGGAUACACAGUGUGUGUAGAUUGUCAACCUCCAGCGAUGAACGCUGUGAGCCUUCGCUGUUCUGGCGAUGGCCUGGACUCUGACGGAAAUCAAACUCUCCAUUGGCAAGCAAUUGGCAAUCCUCGAUGUCAAGGAACUUGGAAAAAAGUGCGGAAAGUAGACCAAUGUUCUUGUCCAGCUGUUCACAGUUUUAUUUUUAUAUAGAUUGUGAUCGAAAUGUUUCAAAAUGCAUUUGGAAACAUGAUAAAAACUAUCAAGUCAUGUUCAGUGCUUCCUAAACCUUCAAAAAUUGCUUGGCCAAAGUCCCUGGAUACAUGUCCUUGUCAUACUCUCAAGUAGAGAAACAAAGUUUAGGGGCCAAUUCUUAAGGAACACUGUGUCUUCAUUUUUGUUUUUACUAAGUCGAGGACUCACUCUAAAAGCUCCUGUGGUUUUAUGUCUUUGAUCCUCCAUCUGGGGUCCUCUCAUGCAGCAGGUGACCAUGAGACACAGAAUGUCUGUUUGCUAAAUUAAAAUU